AUGGUGCUACGAAUAGCGAGACUCACUGACAAUGCCGACUACGGUGCCGGCGAAAUGUCUGGGAAUGUACCCCGUCCACGCCGUGCCAUCUUUCUUCUCAAAAAAAACAUACACACACAUGCGUACAUACUUUCACAUGGAAUCUCCUAUGUUCCGCUUUUUGCAUUAGCUUUAACUAGAGUCAAUUGGAUUAGGCUUUAA